GUAGUUUCAUAAAAAAACAUCUAUUUAUAACGUCUGUGUUUGACUUAAUGUAUGUGUCGUUACGAUGAUUUUAUUCCAACGCUAGACGUAUUUUGUGGUUAUGACACAAGCAUAGAUUUUUGUUUUCUGUCGGAUUACGUCUGUGUGCAGUCCUUUUGUUUCCGUGUCUGGGAGGAGAACGGUGGUGUGAUUUUAGAGGAUAGAUUUAUCUGUCAAAAUGCAGGACCCGAACGAAGACACAGAGUGGAAUGAUAUCUUGAGGAAGAAAGGCAUUCUUCCUCCCAAAGAGAUACCUAAAGAUGAUGAAAAGGAGGAGCUGGGCCUCCAAGAACACUCCGUCGUUAAAACAUAUGAGAGCAUGACACUAGAAGAACUGGAGGAGAAUGAAGAUGAAUUUGGUGAAGAUGAUGAGGCUGCCAUGGAGAUGUACAGACAGAAGCGUCUUGCAGAGUGGAAGGCGACUCAGAUGAAGAAUGUGUUUGGGGAGAUGGGAGAAAUCUCCGCGCAGGACUAUGUGAAGGAGGUGAACAAGGCUGGAGAGGGGAUCUGGGUGGUGCUGCACCUCUACAAACAGGGCAUCCCUCUGUGUUCCCUCAUCAACCAGCAUCUGAGCGCGUUGGCCAGGAAGUUUCCCCAGACCAAGUUCCUCAAGUCCAUCUCCACCACCUGCAUCCCCAACUACCCCGACCGCAACCUGCCCACCAUCUUUGUCUAUUUUGAGGGGGAGAUGAAGGCUCAGUUCAUCGGCCCGCUGGUCUUUGGGGGAAUGAACCUCAAAGUCGAAGAGCUAGAGUGGAGGUUAUCAGAGACGGGGGCGGUGAAGACGGACCUGGAGGAAAACCCCAAGAAGCAAAUUGAAGACAAGCUAAUGUCAUCAAUCAGAUGUUCGCUUCCUGUACGAAAGGACAGUGACUCUGAGGACGAGGACGAUUAGAGGAAAUGUCACACCAGACCAGAAAGACCGUGUGGCUGCUACAUGGGAAACACUCAAAGGACCUUGAAUGGUUUGCAGGGACGGCGCCUCCUUUAUCCACAAGUACAUGCCAUAUUGUAACCAUGGCGCUCAGUCCUGCUCACGGCACCUUGACAGGACGCUUGGCUGGAGAGAAUCACACCUGUACAGCUCCAUGAGAACGUUGCACAACACAACAAUAACCCCUUUGUAAUUACAAUAAAUAUCCAACUCCAUCACCUGAAUUUUUACAAAAGCAUCAAACACAAAUUUAAUCUUUUUUUUAUUGUUUCAUGAUAAUUUUGUCACAAUGUACAUGUAAAUUAAAAUCUGCUAGAUUAAACGUGAGUUCACCUCUUUGCCACCGUCA